AUGGAUUACCAGCACAUCAUUCUUCCUCUACGCCGUCAGGGAAAAUCUACAAGAUUCAUAACUGCAGAAGUCAAAAAGAUUGAUGAAACUGUAACUUAUUAUGCAGUUAGACGCUUCAUUCAUGAUUUUGAGAACUAUUCUUCUAAACAGAAAAAAGAAUAUACACCCCGAGUUUAUGGCGGGCAGUUUGAGCAUAUUAAAUCGCUAAUAGAAGAAAGAUUCUCGAGAAACAACUCCACUACGUGUAGAGAAAUCGCUGAUACACUGAAAAUGCAGGAUAUAUUCAUCAGUCCGGCACAAAUAAGACGAUACCGGUCCAAUCUUGGGUUAAAAAGAACUAACACCAAGUAUUGCCAUACUAUCAGGGAGCAAAACAAGAUAAUCCGUGUGAUAUUUGCGCAGGAAAUGUUAGCAAUAAACGAAUCAUUUUAUGACUGCGUUUUCACUGAUGAAUGCACAGUACAAAUUGACUGUUCCACACAAUAUUCCUAUGCAAGAGAUGGUGAUCCAUACUCGAGACUUCGCAACCGCAAAAAGCACCCUGGCAAAGUCCAUGUGUGGGGAGGAAUCUCCUGCAGAGGUGCAACACAAAUUGCCAUUUUUCCGGGAAAAACACGCAUGAAUAGCGAGUAUUAUUGUCGUAUAAUUGAGCGACUUUAUCUCCCCUUUCAAUCAAGUCGCUAUCGAGGAUAUGCUCGUCUUGUACAGGAUAACGCACCCGCGCAUACGAGUUCCUACACUCGUCAAAAAUUUCAAGAAUGGAAUAUCCAGCUAUUGAACUGGCCUGCUGAGUCCCCAGAUUUGAAUCCUAUUGAAUUAGUAUGGGGUAACAUGAAGAGUUAUAUUAGACGUCGCGGCGUUCGUACAAUAAGCGAAUUGAAAUCUUCUAUCCUUGCAUAUUGGGAAAAAUUAACGCCGGAGACUUGUGAAAAAUACGCAGCUGGCAUUAAGAGACGUUUGCGAAGAGUUAUCAAGCGCAAUGGAGGAAAUAUCCUAGAAGGGCGUCAAACGGAAAGUGAUUUUGAAACGGACAAUCUCGAAUAG